AUGAACCAGAACUCGUCUUUUGUGCCCACUGGGCCUCGAAAUCAUCAGAACAAUGGAGCUCAACAUUGCCGUGGAAACAAGAACCAACAUGCCAAUGCCAAUUGGAACAACGGCCGCAACGCCAACGGCAACAACCAUUCCAAUGCUAAUUCCAACACCAACACUCAUUGGAACAACAAUCGAAAUGCCAAUGGCAAUCAAUGGAACAAGAAUCGGAACGGCCAUAGCAAUGGCAAAGACGCCAACAAUCACGGUUAUCAGACUGGCAACCCCAACCCUAACUACAAGGGCAAGAACUUCCGACCAGACUUCCACCGUACUAGACGGGAAGAUGUUAGCCAAAGUCGAGUUGACCAAGGAGUGAGCCGUACCUCCGUGGGAGCCAACCCUGGUCCACACUCGCGUCUGCAACGACCACGCCAGAAUACCUUGCUCGGCCAACAACAUCAGGACUACGAUAUUGAGAUGAUGGAUGCCCCAUCGUAUGAGCCAAACGACAUCGAGAUGCCCGAUGCACCACCACUCUUCCAAGAGUUCGCGCAAGACCCAGUGAAUGAGAUCCAUGACCUAAAGACGAGGCUCCAAGACAUACUAAACUCCCUCCAGAGAAUCGAAGCUCUUACCAUGGGUGCCUACGCGGUCAAGGAAAUCAUCAGCGGUAUUGCCAACCCUGCUCUCAGCCCUCAUUGGUACAACGUGUCCCAAGCCAUCCUGUCCUCAACGGAGUUCACCCAUGACCCCUGGACGCCCCCUGACCUCUGGGUUCCUCAAUCGGGUGUAUCCUUCCUUCAAAAUAAGCGAUCACCUACCCCAGAGUAG